GAUAAGAUUUCACCGCUAAUCGAUCGCUCUACUUCUCUACUCGGUAUGCCUCAAUAAAUGAAUAAUAACAUUCAAUAUCACGCGGCGGGGUACCAUAUGUUAUGUGCCUUAGACCGUAUUACGAGACAGCUUCGAGUUUCAAUAAAGGGAGUGUCUGAAUAUCUUCAUCUUUGAAGAAACCAAAUUACUAUACAAGAACAUUUAAAGCAUGAUAUAAAUCUAUUUCCCCGCUUUUACUAUUAACGAUUCCUUAUCAACGAUCAGAAUGCGCCCUUUACCAGGCGACGAUGCUUACUUGGGGAGAUCUCGGAGUACGAGUAUUAAUGAUAACGAGUUAACACCACUUGCAACAAGAACGCAGGCUGCGCAGAUGAGCUACUUUCUUGCAGAUGAGAGAACAUUAGAAUCCGGAGAAGCCCAGCCUAUUCGUUUUCCUAUAAAACCAAGAGAUUCAUUGAAGAGUAGUACAUACGGCGUGGAGAGUAUUGACACUACAAUUAGCUCUUUCUCGGAAGGUAGCGGUGAUGAAGAUGGAAGAUACGACAAAGCUAGGGAGAGGUUCAAGAAGAAUUUGGCGGAGAGAUUACAGUCUGUAGGAGAUUCAAGGUCUCGUUCCCGAAAACCAUCAUACGAUGUUAGUGGAACCACGUCUCCGGUCCGCCCUUCCACUACCGAAGCUUCCAGACCUUAUACUCCUAUGUCUGUAUAUUCUACGACUGCAGGUUCUAUUAUUAGCAGUCCCGGUUCGAGGAUUUCCGACACAGAAUCCUUGAAUGACGAAAUAUCAAGCCAAGCUAUUGCUUCUGGCGAGGAAGACGAAAACGAUGUACCAGCGAUGGUGGAUAGUGGCUCUGCCCCUCAGCUGGUGAUGCCGAGUAUAAAAAUGCCUAGUAGGCGGCCAUUUACGGAGAAGGGAAAGAAUAUGGGGAGGCUAAAGGUCCUGAUUGCUGGAGAUUCAGGUGAAUGCACCUUAUUCCAUCGCAACUUGCUGUUCUAAUGUUCUUAAGGUGUGGGCAAGACAUCUUUAAUCAAAGCUAUCGUACAAGUAUGCGAAGAUAUUGUACAUGUCGAUCCCCUGUCUACUACACCAGAACGGGUCUCCGAGAAAAGGCGGCAUUCCAAAUAUAAGGCUAGACAUGGACGUGGUGAUAUGCAGACUACAACUCAGAUCACAGAGAUAUAUGCUAGCACGAAGGCCUAUCCUAGUUGGUGGUCAGAGGUUGACGAAUUUAAGGUUUUACGUCGAAGAAAGAGUAUGGGUGACUCUGUUCUUGAAAGAAAUCUAUGCUUUGUUGAUACUCCUGGUUAUGGCAACAAGACUUCUGUGAGCUUUGCGCUAUCAUGACCUUACUAUCAGCUAAUAGCUAAUUAUUCUAGUGUCUAGAAGCGAUUUCUCCAGUAGUCGACUAUAUCGAAUCUCAAUUUCAAAAGGUGGAGUCUAAAGAUGGUAUGACCGAUUCUGAUAUGAUACAUUUACUUGGCGGAAAUGGUGGUUCUCAAGUAGAUGUCGUAUUCUACAUUAUCAUAAAUCGUAAGUGUCUAAAAAAUCAUGGAGGCAAGCAACUAAUUCAUAAUUAGGGAUCAAACCUGUUGAUAUUGAAUACCUAAAACGUAUAUCACCCAUGACAAAUGUUAUCCCUCUCAUAGCACGAUCAGAAGUUUUGUCUCUGGAGGAUCUGGCUAGCGUCAAAAGACAUGUGUUGAGCGAGCUUCAAGCGGCCAAUAUACGGCCAUUUCUCUUCGGACUUUCUUUUGAUGAUGCUCUACAUUCCUCUCAACCGGCUGCGCCAUAUGCAAUUUCCACUAUGUUGUCGAAGGAUCAUGAGACCAUGGAUGCAAGCCUUCUCAUGAGCUCAGACUACGUUCAGCCAUUAGUUCAAUCAGAACUCACAGCUCUUGUCGACCAACUAUUCGAGCCAGAUAGCAUAUCAUGGCUGCGAAAUUCUGCUGCGAAGAAAUUUGUACAAUGGCGAAAUAAUCCAACCGUGCAGAAACCACAAAGUCUGUAUCGACCUCUGGCGCAAUCAAUGAUGUCGUCAUCCACCUCACAAGUACUUACUGCUCCUGUUGGUGCUACAACAUCUUAUGCUUUGGCUCGUAUAACAGAUCAUACUCAACGUGAAGAGAAGCUUGCACAAGUGCGACUUUCGAAAUGGGCUACUGACCUACAAAGAAGUCUUCAGAAUGAGCGUGCUAGAUUUGAGACUUUAGCGCGAAGUGAGAGAGCAGUAUGGUUAACGGAAAGACUUGGGGAAUGUGUACAGGAUGGUACACUCGUCCCAAUCUCGCAAGCACGUCAACCUCAACGAUCUUACGAUACUGGAUCUUUGAUUAAGCGAGGAACUUAUUCCAGAACAACGUCCUCUGGCUCGAUUUGGAACACGCACGAUCCUCUUGGAAUUCUGGAAUUCAAUGAAGACAUGAAACGGCGGGGCAUGGUCGCUCUACAAGUAGUAAGCAGUUUUGGUAUCAUUGGUGGCCUGGCACUUUGGAUCAACCGCAAUUGGCAACCUAGUGGAGCUAGCAUAUGGGGACUGGAUUGGAUUGGUAUCCAAAGAUUUGUGGAAUGGAGAUAAGCUAUAUGAUUGUGAUGCGUUUACCGACUUCGACUGUAAUUGGUGAAAGAUGGUUUAAGAUAGCCGGCCCAUUUCAUGGAAUGGGCUUACGGGCAUUUCGGGGUUUUUAUAUGCAUCGUUUGCACUGGAAUUUAUUGGCGUGAUGAUAUGAUAUGAUGGGAUAGGAAUAUGGGUGGACAAUAUAUGGCAUUUUUAGUAUUUGUAGCCAGCUGAUGCAGAUGAGAGAUUGCUGCUUUCUAGCCUGCUGCAUGACCGAAGAAGAUACCAGUUAAGACGCAGAGCGAAUUUAAUAGUAAUUUCCUUAGCCGGUCAAGUAUGAUUGGUUUCACCAGCAGCUGCCAUGUAGAUUUGAAUCUGGACAUAAUAACUUCUCUU